GUCAAAAAACGUAAACAUUGAAAUUAAAUUUAGAAUUUGUCAUUAAAAAUGUCAGCAAAUAAUUGUAGAUUUUGCUAUUCAUCCACAACAAAGCUAAUAUCAUCGAUAUCUGAUGAAAUUGUAAAGAAAUUCAUCGAAUAUGUUCCAGAAAUUAGCAUUACAGCAGAGCCACAAUAUCCAUCGAGUGUUUGUCAGUUGUGUUAUGGAAAAGCAAAAAUUUCAUUCGAUUUUAUUCAGAAAAUUUUAGAAGUUCAGAUUAAAUUUAAAGGAACGAGAUCAUCAAGAAAGACUCAAUCAAGCUUAAAGAUCGUAAGCACAAAAUCCUUAUCAACAAGUGAAGCACUAGAAAAAGUCCAAAAAGUAGGAACAAUAAGUAUCAAGAAGGUCAGUGCAAUUAACCAGACAAUUGAACCAAAACAAACAAAACAUGAAGACUUACUUGAGGAGUUGGAGGAACUGCAUGAAGAUAAUGACGAGGUAUAUGAUGUCGAUGGAUCUUCGGAUGAAGAAUUUCAUGUAGAAAAGCCAGAAAGUGAAGAUGACGAGGAAUUUUUAGAGGAUGAUGAAGAUUUGUCAGAUGACAAUUAUGAACCAGCGUCAAAGAAAAAGAAAGGAACUAGAAACAUCAGUAAGGCCAGAGCCAGUGGAAGUGCCAAGAAGAAGAAAGCUGUAGCUACACCAAAGGAAAAGAGCACUAAUAAUACAUCAUUUGACUGCAAAGAAAUCAUCAUCGAAGCUCCAAUCGCCUUCUCAUGUGCAAAAUGUCGUGAAAAAUUCACAAAUUUUGAAGCCUUAACUGAUCACAUGAAGUCGCGCAUCUGUCACAACGAGCAAAGCAACUGUAAAGAAUGUGGAAAAACGUUCCUUAAUAAAAAGUCUCUCUACAAUCACAUGUCAUCGCAUCGACCAAAAGAGAAGUACAUGUGUGAAGUCUGUGCUAAGGAAUACAAUCAUCAGUUUGAUCUUGAGGCUCAUAUGGAGUCAGCACAUCAGAGAAUUGUCAAGCGUGAUUGUGUUUAUAGAUGUACGCAUUGUAAUGAAAAGUUUCAGUCGCAUUUGGAUUUGUUGGAGCAUGUUAAGGAACAUCAGAGGGAAAAGAAGGAAGCGCCAAGAUUAUGUGAAAUUUGUGCUAAAGUUUGUCCUAAUUUGAAGGCUUAUCAGUCACAUAUUAUUAUUCAUAAAGAGAAGAAGGCUCAUACUUGUGCUGUUUGCGGUAAAGGAUUCUCAAAGCUGUUCUUGUUUCAACAGCAUAUGCAUGUUCAUACAGGAAUUAAGGCUUUUAGUUGUGAGAUAUGCAAUAGAAGUUAUGCAAAGAGAGAUUCACUCAGAAAUCAUAAGAAACGUGAUCAUCCGGAAUAAACUAAUGUACUAUUCAAAUAAUAAAUGUUAAAAAAUUAAUAAAAAUAUGAAAACAAU